CGCAGGUUACCAACCAUUGGCGUUGGCGUCAGAUAUGCUCCUGACAAGAAGGUGACUUGAGGGAUCGACAAGAUGGUGUUCAUCCUAGGCGUCAACUUCCACGCGCAGAAGCUGGUCAAGAAAGCGCUAGAGUCCUUCUACGCUCUUGGUCCCCAGACAUCAGCGCGCAUUCUGGCCAAGUAUUGCAUACACCCACGCGCGAAGAUGGGCAGCCUGCAACCCAAGACGGUCACAGCCCUGACGGCGGAGCUAUCGACCAUGACAAUUGAGAACGACGCACGGAAGAUCAUCCAGGACAACAUUAGGCGGCUGCGUGACAUGGGCGCGUACCGCGGUAGGCGGCACGCUAUGGGUCUGCCAGUGCGUGGCCAACGGACACGGAACCAGAUCCAAACCGCCAGAAAGCUCAACAAAAUCGAGCGGAAGGGGUAACGACGGUAGAGCAUGGAAUUUGGGGCUCUAUUGUGUUGUCAACUGGGAGCGCUAUGAAGCUCUUGUGGACUAUAUCGACUGGCCGUAUUGAGGAUGAUGGACGACGGGGGACAAGGUUGGAUCGAGGGCGGCCCGCCACAAGGCUCGGGACACCUCGAUCUUCAUCUCUAUGUACUAUACAACAUGAAUGAUACUGGGCAAGCCACCCAGUGAUGUGUAACCAUACUUAAGCAUAGAACGGCUCUAAAAGAACAGCCCAGGCAGGUCAUCCUCGAGCACUGGCUCGCCCACUUUCUGCAUCCUCUCAG